CAGACGCUCUGGGUGCGCACGCUCAGUUAAUUUGUUGAGCGCUUCACCUUUCCUCCAGCAGGUGGCGGUCUACCACGAAGGAGAAGAAGAGAGAUUCGCCUUCUGACCCGGAAGUAACCAUCGCGUCAGACCGCCAUGUUGGUAGCAAAGAGAGCGGGGAAUCAUCCCGCGGAGAGCGUAUUCGUCUGACCUCUGACCCGGGCCGGCUGACCCGAACCCUCCUCGGUCGGUUCGUCCUCCGAAAACGUGUGCGCGCGGACCGGCACGGGACAAAGACAACAUGGCAGCCCUGAGCACGUUCUCUUCGCAGGUGGAGCUGAUCAUGGAGGUAGCCGUGGGGAGCGCUGUGCACGAGUUGGGGAGGGAGGGCGCGCGAGCGGAGCACGGCCAGGCUCACCUGUCCAUCGUGCUGGGGGGCGUGGCCAGAGAGGCAGUCCGUAAAAUCUGCAGAGUCUUCAGGGAGCUGUAUGCAAGCGUAGAGGUGGAAAAUGAAGCUCUCAGGGCAGAACUGAGUUGCCUCGAAAACACACCCGGCGCUUCGAGGAUGGCCAAAUCGGCGGUGAAGUUCAGCCCGGCAGAUGCACCCACCCUGUCUCUGGAUGUCCAAUCAGCUGCUGCCACUGCUGCUGUGGCUGUGGUCAUCCUCAGCCCGCCGGUGCACGCACCAGUCACAGGCCAAAACAAUCUGACCGCACUGCAGAAUGGUGCUGUGAGUGUUUUGGACAUGACGCACUUCUCUGCAGAUCCUCAGGUGUCACGUGAUAUGAUCCAGCCUGCAGAUGUGACAUCACUUCCUGACUGUGAGGAUCAGCCGGCCGCUGAGCUUCCAGGUGAUGAAACCCACGAAGAGCAGUGUGACGCUGCAGCAGAGACGAAGUCUGAACCUGCAGAACAGAAACAUGAUGAUCAGCAGGUGCCCGGGGGUCCGACAGGUGUGAGCGAGGAACAGCAGAAGGAGCAGGAGAGGAGGCGGAGGAGGGAGCUGUACAAGGAGAAGAGGUUUUUCUGCGAGCUGUGUGACAAAGGCUUCCAUCAGAAGCACCAGCUGCUGAAGCACGCCGCGUGCCACCUGAAGCCGUUCCCCUGCAGCUCCUGCGACAAAGGUUUCUACAAAGCGCAGACGCUGCAGCGCCACCUGCUCGCCCACCGUCUCCGCGAGGCGCAGGAGAGCGACCCAGACAAGCUGUUGCGCUGUGACCAAUGCGACAGGAAGUUCAGGCUGCCACGUCAGCUUCGAGCGCACCAGGCCUGUCACCGGCUUGAGAAAACGCCACUCAAGUGCUACGCAUGUGACCGCACCUUUACCUCCAGUGGGGCACUGCGAUACCACGAGGUGUCGCACUCCAAAGUCAAGCCCUUCAUGUGCGACGUCUGCGGAAAGAGCUUUACGCGCAAGAAGAGCCUGCGGGAGCACCAGACCGUGCACACCGGGGCACGGCCGUACUCCUGCCAGACCUGCGCCAAGAGCUUCUCCACCGCCAGCAACCUGCGCGUGCACAAAAGGUCGCACUCCGAGGAACGCCCGUACAAGUGCGACGAGUGCGACAAGGCAUUCAAGUGCCGGAUGGGGCUGCUGCAGCACCGUGUGGUCCACUCGGGAGAGAAACCCUUUACUUGUCCCACCUGUGGCCUGAGCUUCGGCCUCAAAUACAACUUCCAGAGACACCUGAGGCUCCACAGCGGGGAGAAGCCCUUCAGGUGUGAUCAGUGUGGCGAAGGCUUCACGGGGACCUGGGCUCUGAAGACUCACAUGCUUGUUCACGGCGUGGCAAAGCCGUUCAUGUGCGACCUGUGCGGAAAGACGUUCUUCUACAACUGCCAGCUGCAGAAGCACCAGCAGCUGGUUCACGGCAGCGGUGGCGAUCGGGGAAAGUCCGGCGGGGAGGCGGGCAGGCGGCGGUCCACCGGAGUCAAACCGUUCAGCUGUAAAGUCUGUCCAAAGAGCUUCAGCAGCAGCAGCUCGCUGCGCACGCACGAGAAGAGCCACGCCCAAAACAAAGAGUUCACCUGCGACACAUGUGGGAAAGCCUUCCACCUGCGUCACCUGUACCUGUACCACCUGAGGCAGCACAGCGGCGACCGGCCACACGUCUGCGCUGUCUGUCACAAAGGCUUCCUGCUGGCAUCGCAGCUGAAGCAGCACGAGCUUCUGCACACAGGUGUCAAACCUCACCGCUGCGAGCACUGCGGCAAAGAGUUCAGGACGCCUCAGAACUACCACCGCCACCUGCUGGUGCACACCGGCGAGAAGCCGUACGAGUGCGCUGUGUGUGGCCGGAAGUUCCGCCAGUCCAACCAGCUGAAGUCUCACAUGCAGAUCCACACCGGUGUCAAGCUGUACUCGUGCGAACGCUGUGGGCGGGGCUUCUCCGACUCACGCCAGCUCAAGAAACACCGCUGUGGAGACAGCGAGCACGACUCGCGCGAUUCUGCCAGCAAGCACAGGAAGCAGACGGACGCGUUCCCAUGGACGCACGAAUUCACGGCACAGUGACACAGAAACAGGCCAGCGGGAAAACCCAGACAAUUCCCGCUGAGUCCACCCCCCGCGACUGUGUCCGGCACAUCAACAUCAAAUUGUGUUUAGGGAGUGUGUCCAUCCACCUCUUGAAGCCGGCAUUGAUUGGCUGGUUUGUUCCUUUGGCGUUUCUGUUUUUUUUAUCCCCUGUUAAAGUCAGCGACACAGAAAAUGUUUGAUCUCUGCUGCAAAACCACCUCGCACACUCCCCUGAUGCCCCCGCAUGUCUCGGGUUGAAAUCUAAAACAAAGGUAAAGAGUAGCUGGGCCCUGACAGCAUCUCCAGCCUUAGGAGGUAAAAUGACAACUCUUCUAAAUGGACUUUGACUCUCACCUGGCGUCUCACCUGGUCAUGGUGAUUUAAGUUCAGCUGCCAAAAUCAAACAGACCUUGACCUCAGUCAGUGACAGAAGAGGAAUCAGAUGAAAGCAGCUCUAAUAAACAUUUACUUUCUGUUUCAUCUGUGAAAAAAUGACUUUGCUGUGUUUCAGUGUGUAGAAUAAAACUCCUCCUCCUUUGACUGACGAGCUUUUAUUGGA